AUGAAAGAAUACACACUCCUCUUCUUCCUGGCUUUGUGCUCUGCCAAACCUCUCAUCAGUCCUUCAUAUUUUACACUAAAGAAUGUGAUGCUCCAAGAUAUGGAAGAAGAUGGUGAUGACAAUUCCCUAUUUCCAACCACAGAACCAAUUAGACCACUAAUUCCUUUUGAUCUCUUCCCAAUAUGCCCCUUUGGAUGCCAGUGCUAUGUGAGAGUUGUCCACUGCUCUGACCUAGGUUUGACAUCAAUACCUCGCAACAUUCCACCAGACACUCGUAUGAUUGACCUUCAAAACAACAAAAUUAAAGAGGUCAAGGAAAACGAUCUCCAAGGACUCACAUCGCUUUAUGCACUGGCUUUGAACAACAACAAAAUAUCCAAGAUCCAUCCAAAAGCCUUUCAAUCAACAAAGAAGCUACGGCGACUGUAUUUGUCCCAUAACCAGCUAACUGAGAUUCCAACAAACCUACCCAAAACUUUAGUAGAGCUCAGAAUUCAUGCUAAUAAGGUUAAGAAGAUCCACAAGGAUGCAUUUAAAGGAAUGAAGUCUCUGCAUGUUUUAGAAAUGAGUGCAAAUCCUCUUAAUAAUGAUGGAAUUGAGCCAGGGGCUUUUGAAGGAGUAAAUAUUUAUCAUAUAAGAAUUGCAGAAGCUAAAUUAACUUCAAUUCCUAAAGAAUUGCCCACCAGCCUGCUAGAACUUCAUUUAGACGACAAUAAGAUCACAGCAAUUGAACUUGAAGAUUUUAACCGGUAUAAAGAUCUUCAAAGGCUAGGCCUGGGGAAUAAUAAAAUCAAAGAUGUGGAGAAUGGAAGUUUUGCCAACAUACCAGGCAUACGUGAAAUCCAUCUCGAGAAAAAUAAGCUCAAGAAAGUUCCUCCUGGAUUACCUGAACUGAAGUAUCUGCAGGUAGUCUUCCUUCAUUCUAAUCACAUUGCAAAACUGGGCGUGAAUGACUUCUGCCCCACAGGAGGAAGAAAGAAGAAAGCGUUAUACAGUGGCAUAAGCCUCUUCAAUAACCCUGUAAAGUACUGGGAGGUUCAGCCUUCGACUUUCCGUUGCAUUUUAGCCAGAAACAGUGUGCAACUUGGAAAUUUCCUCAAGUGA